AUGGACACCACGACGGCGGUGGGAGGCAUCUCGCGGGUCAACAACAGCGGGUAUUACGCCGCAGGGGUCGCAGGGGGAUAUCCCAAUAACAAUGGCGGCGUUGCAACGGCGUCCGCAGCAGUUGGUGGUGGAAGUGGCAUCAAGCUGCUCCAGUUUGGUGGCCCUGCUGCUGCUCCCUCCACAGAGGCAGUGGCUAACAACGAUGGGCCGACUCCACGCCGGGGGCGGGCGUCUACCACUACAUCCACCUGGGCCACCUGGGCCGCUUCCAGUGCCUCCGCCUCCACAGACACCACUGCCGACACCACAUCCUCCACCACGACCGCGGGCGCCCAAGGCCAUGUCCCUCACUUUGUCGCUCCGUCAUCCUACCUCCGUCUCCGCCCCAAGACGUCCACCCGGAGCGCAAUGGCGCCCAGCGAGCCCAAGCCUCUGAGCCCUCUGGACAAAGACCAGCUGCAGGGUCUGAAUGCGAUUCGCGAUUUCCUCAAAGUUCGCACCAGCUACGAUGUCUUGCCCCUCUCUUUCCGCCUUAUCGUUCUCGAUACCGACCUGCUCAUCAAGAAGAGUCUCAACAUCCUGAUUCAGAACUCAAUCGUGUCGGCCCCUCUCUGGGACUCGCGCACCGCUCGCUUUGCCGGCAUCUUGACCAGCACCGACUUUAUCAAUGUCAUCCAGUACUACUGCCAGUACCCUGACGAGAUCAGCAAACUCGAGCAGUUCCGGCUCAAUAGCCUACGAGACAUUGAAAAGGCCAUCGGGGCCGUCCCCAUAGAGACAGUCUCCGUUCACCCCUCCAGACCCCUCUUCGAAGCAUGUCGCCGUAUGCUCAAGACCCGCGCCCGCCGAAUCCCCCUCGUCGAUGUGGAUAGUGAAACGAACAAGGAGAUGGUGGUCUCUGUCAUCACUCAGUACCGUAUCCUCAAGUUCAUCGCCGUCAACAACGAGCAUAACACAGUCCUGCUGAAGAAGACGGUCCGCGAUAUCGGCCUCGGCACCUACUCCAAGCUUGCCACGGCUCGCAUGAGUAGCUCCGUCCUCGACGUUGUUCAUCUCAUGGUCGACCACAACAUCAGCUGCAUCCCCAUUGUCGACAACGAGAACAGGGUGCUCAACGUUUUCGAGGCUGUCGACGUCAUCCCCUGCAUCAAGGGAGGCAUGUACGAAGAGCUCGACGCCUCCGUAGGCGAGGCCCUGUGCAAGCGUCCUGACGAGAGCCCUGGUAUUUACACCUGUGGCGAGAACGACCGCAUGGACUCUAUCUUCGACACUAUCCGUAAGAGCAGGGUGCACAGACUGAUUGUGGUCGACGACGACAACAAGCUCAAGGGAAUCAUCUCGCUAUCAGACGUCCUCAAGUACGUCUUGCUGUCCGGCGUAGAGGACACGUCCAACUGGUCAUGA